AUGCAUACAAGUCGGGGUGAUUUGAAGCAUGGUCAGAGUUUGGAAUAUAUUCAGUAUGGUGGAGGCGUUUCGUGCAUAAAUUGGGAAGCAAAUUUGAAGGUUGGCCGAGUUUAUCCAAAUAAGAUUGCCCUUUUAAAAACCAUCAGUUUAGCAGCUAUUACAGGCCACUUUCGAUUGAGAACUGUCCAAUCUGGGAAGCAUCGGUUGUGUGUUCGCUGUUGGCAGCUUCCUUGCCCUUGGAAAGUUCGGGCAUAUAAAGUUGGAUUACAUGAGUUUAAGGUUGUUAAAUACGAUCCACUUCAUGAAUGUGAUAUAACGUAUAUAAGUAGUCAUCAUCCUCAAGCUACGACUGAACUGCUGUCUGAUUGUGUUAAGUGGAGAUUUCAGGAUUCGCGCAACAUUUAUACAGCAGCUGAUAUCAAGAAAGAUGUGAAACAAAAUUUCGGUGUGAGCAUAAGCUACUCUACAGCGUGGAGAAGCCGAGAGUUAGCUUUCAAAAGAAUUAGAGGGUCUGCAAAAGAGUCGUAUUCCCUUCUCCCUUCCUAUUGUUAUGAAUUGGAGCGUACAAAUCCGGGAACUUUGACAUACAUUGAGACUGAUGCAACUGAUCACUUCUUAUAUUUUUUUAUGGCAAUUGGUGCAUGCAUACGAGGAUUUAAGUCGUCAAUGCGGCCCGUGAUUGCUGUUGAUGCUACUCAUUUGAAGUGCAAGUAUAGAGGUGUUUUGUUUGUUGCGACCGCAUUUGAUGGAAAUCGGAACAUAUAUCCUGUUGCCUUUGGGAUUGGAGAUUUGGAGACGGAUGCAGCUUGGGAGUGGUUUUUGAGAAAACUACAUUGUGCAAUUGGUGAUUGCUCGAAUCUCGUUGUCAUAUCAGAUCGCAAGGUUAGCAUACAGAAUGGGUUGCGUAGAGUUUUUCCUGGGGCAAGCCAUGGUAUUUGCUUUUAUCACUUGAAAGGCAAUAUCAAAGCCUCAUUUAAGUUGAAGCAGCGGGAUCCGAUAUUGGGGUAUUUUGUAAGGGCAGCUAAGUCUUAUUGUCUAGCGGAGUUCAAUCGUCACUUUUCCAGGAUAAACAAUGACGAGUGCGAACUUAUUUACUACGUGCAGGCGUCCAGAAGUGGUCUCGGGCCCAUUGUGAUGGACGACGAUAUAAUGUGA